AUUGUUAUUAUUAUUAGCUAUGCAUUAUUAUUUAAUGCAAUUAAUAUUUCACAUGGAGCCAGAAUAAAAUCUUCACCGGAAUUGGAAACAAAACAAUUUACAUCCGGCGAUAUUGUUGCUCAAUUUAUAUUGCCACCAAUUUUGAGUGGCAACUUUCAGCAGUCUUCUGCUGCGUCUUUCUCCUCCACCUCAACUGUGGCUAAUUUGGGAAAUCGUACAAAUGGAGCUGGAGCUGGAGCUGGAACUGGAUCUGGUUCAUCCUCAGCACAAGUGAAAAAUUAUUUCACACAUUUAACAUUUGAUUUUACGCAUAAUGUGCUUUUUGCCGGCGCCACAAAUAAAAUCCUCAAACUCAACGAGAAUCUGAGAGUCCUCGAGGAGGCAGUAACGGGCCCCAAACAUGAUGCACCUCAGUGCCAUGCCGGGGGUUGUCCGGAAGAUGUGGAGACCUCGCUUGUCAAUAACUAUAAUAAAAUACUUGUGGUGAGCUAUGCCAACAACGAAGGCAUUCUCAUAUCUUGCGGCAGCAUACGACAAGGUGCCUGUGAAAUUUACAAUUUGCAGCGUUUUCCUGCCUCGCCGCAAUUUGUGGCAGUUCCGCUGGCUGCCAACGAUGAAUAUGCGUCAACCUAUGCGUUUGUGGGUCCUGCCCGAUAUUCGUGGAAGGAGGAGGAUAUACUCUAUGUGGGCACCACGUUUACAAAUGUCGGCGAUUAUCGACACGAUGUUCCGGCAAUAUCCUCGCGACGUUUGGAUGAUUUAAACUACGCCGAGUUCUCGAUACAACAAUCGAUUAUCAAUAUUGAUGUUAAGUAUCGAGAUCAUUUCCUGGUGGAUUAUGUUUAUGGAUUCAAUUCAUCGGAAUAUGCAUAUUUUGUGCUCGUACAAAAGAAAUCACAUUUGGCUGAGGAGGCCGGCUAUGUGACAAGAUUGGCACGUAUUUGCAUAACGGAUCCCAAUUAUGAUAGCUAUACGGAAAUAACGAUCACUUGCACUGCGACCGAUGAACAUAUCGAUUAUAAUAUCCUAAGGGACGCAAAAAUAACGCACGCCAGCCAAAAGUUGGCCCAUCAAAUGGGCAUCAAGCGGGAUGAUCAUGUCCUCGUCACCGUCUUCUCCCCCUCCAAGGAGAUUAGUGAUCAGCCGGAGAAUAAAUCGGCGAUGUGUAUAUAUAGCCUGAAAGAUAUCGAAGAUACAUUUAUCGAAAAUAUACACAUGUGUUUCAAUGGCACCAUUAAAGAUCGCAAUCUUGGCUAUAUAUCCGGGACGAUAAACGACGGACGCUGCCCAAUUGUGGGUUCAUUGGGGAAUAUCUAUAACUUUUGCAAUGUGGGGCUAAAGAUCAGUGGAGUUGCGCCGAUUUUGGCCCAUGCCUUAUUCCAUUUCGAUAAUGUAUCUGUGACAUCGGUGACGGCAACAACAACAACCGAUCAACAACAUUCGUUGGCCUUUCUGGGCACCGAGCAGGGUGCCAUUAAGAAAGUACUCCUCUCAGGUCAAAAACCCGGCGAAUAUGAGGAAAUUGUCGUCGAUGCUGGUAGUCGUAUAUUGCCCAAUACGAUGAUGUCACCGAGAAAGGAUUUCCUCUACGUCAUAUCCUUGCGUAAAAUAACCAAAUUACGCAUCGAACAUUGCUCGGUUUAUGCGAAUUGCACGGCCUGCUUGGAGUCGAGAGAUCCAUUCUGUGGCUGGUGUUCGUUGGAGAAACGUUGCACGGUGCGCUCCACUUGUCAACGGGACACUUCUGCCUCACGCUGGCUAUCCUUGGGCUCGGGACAACAGUGCAUCGAUUUCGUGUCCAUCGAACCGGACAAAAUACCCAUCACGGAGCUGACGCAGGUCAGACUGGUUAUACGCACUUUGCCGGAGCCGUUUAAUGCAAAAUAUCGUUGUGUGUUUGGUAACUCGACGCCAAUCGACGCAGAGAUCUUGCAACAGGGCUUGGCCUGUGGCACGCCACCAAUUGAGGAGCGUCCGCAGAUAGCCAGCAACAUGGAUCAUGUUUUGGUGCCGUUGGCUGUUAGAUCUUCGGAGACAAAUAAGGAUUUUGUGUCGCGUUCCUUUGCCUUCUUCGACUGUUCGCAUCACGGCAAUUGUCAGUCGUGUGUGCGGAGCUCCUGGAACUGCAACUGGUGCAUCUUUGACAACAAAUGCGUGCAUCGCUCCGAGCAGUGCAGGAACAUGGAGAGCGCCAUUGCCACAGACACGCAAUGUCCGCAUUUGAAGAGGAAUCUCUCACCCAUCCUGUUGCCGGUUCGCGUGCCCAAAGAGAUCCGCCUGGAGAUUGAGAACCUGCCCAAGCCAAAGAGUGCCCAUGCCGGCUAUUUGUGCACCAUUCAAAUUGAGGCCGCUCAGAUGCUUCUGCCCGCCCACAUCGAAUCGAAUCGCAUCGUUGUCUGCGAGAAGACACCCUAUUUCUAUGAGACGAACACCCAUGAGUAUGAGGCCAAGGUGGACAUCACCUGGAAUCGGCAGCAUUAUGUCGAUACAGCCACCGUUAUCUUGUACAAGUGCGAUGUGCUCGGCUCACAUCGGGAGCACGCCGAUUGCAGUCUCUGCGUCACCAGGGAUCCCAAAUAUCAGUGCGCCUGGUGCAGCAGCUCUUGUGUCUACAACGAGACCUGUGCCGCCGACUCACCAACUAGUCAUGGAUUCGAUUCGCACAACCAUGUGCAGUUGCAGAACGAGUGUCCGCGGCCGCGAAUAGACAUCAUCAAGCCGUUGUCGGGUCCCAUCGAGGGCGGCACAUUGGUGACGAUUGAGGGCAGCAAUCUAGGCAUACGCGAAGAGGAUGUGCGUGGAAAGAUCUCCAUUGGCAGCGUGCCCUGCGAGUUGGUUAAUUAUCAAAUUUCCGUCAAGAUCGAAUGCCGCACUGGCGCCGCACUGCGCGAAAUGUCCGCACCGAUUAAGGUGGCCAACGAUGCUGGCUACACGGAGUCCAGCGUACAAUUCCACUUCAAGGAUUUGCAGCUAACGGGUCUCUAUCCGACAGUGGGACCCAAAUCGGGCGGCACCCAGCUAUCGCUGCUGGGCAAGUACCUGAACAUAGGUUCGAGCAUUCGAGCUUUUCUGGAUGAGUACGAGUGCCAUAUCAAUGUCACCCAGGCCUCGUCUUCGCGUCUCUCCUGUACCACUUCGGAAGCAACGCAACCGGAACCGAUACGCUCGUUGCGUCUCGUUGUGGAUGGCGCCAAUCGGACAUACACCUGCCAGCAGCAACAAUUGGCGGCGACUCCACAGCACUCGCUGCUGCGCACCAAUUACGGUUCUUAUGCCUACAAUUUGCCCACGCCUCCGUCGCCCUGCUCUAUCUUUGAUUACACGCAGGAUCCGCGCAUCAUGCAAAUCAAACCCUUGCGCAGUUUUGUCAGUGGUGGACGCAUCCUAACCGUACACGGCAUGUAUCUGGACUCAAUUCAGAAUCCGGAGCUGGAGGUGUUCUUCGACAAUGAGCGUGUGAACAAGACUUCCUGCACUGUCAUCAAUUCCAGCCAAAUGGAGUGUCCUUCGCCGCCCAUCAACAAUAGGUUUGAGCUGUGGAAACUCGGUUUGGGUUUGCCCGAUAAAUUGGAGAGCAGUAAAAAGAAGCGGCAGACUUAUCUGAGCGACAAUUUCAAUAUUUAUGCCACGGCUGGCUCGACUGCCUCCAGUUAUUUUGCGGCACACAAAAUGGACGUGGCAGCGUUUGUCAAGAUGCACGAUCAACUUAAUCUGCAGCUUAGUUUUGUCAUGGAUAAUGUGCAAUUGGUGCGUGAUUUGAACAAAUACUUUCAUGAUAUACGCAGCACAAUUGUUUAUCUGACCGAUCCGCGUUAUCUGCCGUUUCCCAGCGAGGAUGGCGUUAAACUUUACAAGGGCGACACUUUGGUUAUCGAGGGGGAACUCUUGAAUCUAGCUGCCGAUGAGUAUGAUGUAAAUGUCACCAUUGGCACCGCACAGUGCAAUAUAACCAGCUUGGCCCUGACGCAGCUGCUCUGCAUGCCGCCGGAACAGCAGCCUGCGGCGACGGAUGAGAAUGGUGUCGAGCAAGCCAAGGAUUUGCCCCUGGUCGUCGUCAAAGUCGGUCGCAAUUUGCGAUUUGUCAUCGGUCAUCUGCGAUACGAUUUGAAUAAACCGUAUGCUAUUUCGCAUGCAAUGCUGGGCAUCAUUUUAACAGUCGUCGCUUUGAUUAUAAUACUCGUCAUCAUUUUAAUCAUCUUCCGGCGGCGGUCGACGCAGGCCGAACGGGAAUAUAAACGGAUACAGAUCCAAAUGAUCACCUUGGAGAGCAAUGUGCGCUCCGAGUGCAAACAAGCCUUUGCCGAGCUGCAGACGGACAUGACCGAUCUGACGGCGGACCUCGAGAGCAGCGGCAUACCUACACUGGAUCAUGUCAAUUACAUCAUGAAGGUCUUCUUUCCCGGCGUCUCCGAUCAUCCCAUCCUAAACUCGCCAAAAAUGCGGGCUGGCCUCAAUCAGCAUAACAAUUACGAUGCAGCUAUGAUGCAGUUUGAGCAGCUCAUAAGCAAUAAAUACUUUCUGCUCACUUUCAUCGAAACGCUGGAGUCGCAGCGUGCCUCCUUCUCCAUUCGGGAUCGUGUCAAUGUCGCUUCACUGCUGAUGAUUGUGCUGAUGCACAAAAUGGAGUAUGCCACCGAAAUAUUAAAGUCUCUGCUGCUGCGACUCAUUGACAAGUCGCUGGCCAGCAAGCAUCCGCAGCUGAUGCUGAGACGCACGGAGAGCGUUGUGGAGAAGAUGCUGACCAACUAUUUGGCCAUUUGUAUGUAUGAUUAUCUCAAGGAAUAUGCCGGCUCCAGUCUCUUUCUGCUUUUCAAGGCGAUCAAGCACCAGGUGGAGAAGGGUUUGGUCGAUUCGAUUACGCACGAUGCUCGCUACUCGCUCUCCGAAGAGCGUUUGCUGCACGAGCAGGUCUCCCAUGCGAUUGUCAUCCUGCACAUCCUACAGGACGAUCUCGAUGAGAAGGUGCAGUGUCGCGUCAACGAUUGGGACACCAUUUCCCAAGUCAAACUCAAAAUACUCGAUGCGAUCUUUAAGAAUACACCCUUCUCGAUGCGUCCCGCUGUCCAUGAGGUGGACCUGGAGUGGCGACACGGUCGCGGUGGACACUUAACGCUGCAGGACGAGGAUCUGACCACCAAGACCAUCAACGGCUGGAAACGAUUGAAUACUCUCUCCCACUAUGGGGUCAAGGAAUCGGCGGUCAUGUCCCUGAUUGCCAGACAAAACGAUAGCUACAAUAUGCCAUAUGGCAAGCAGCAGGCGCCUUAUCAUAAUUUCUAUUAUAUAACCAACUCGCAAAGUCAUAUUAUAAUCAAUAAUGAUAUUGAGUCGGGACUGCAGCAGCCACGCCUCUAUCACCUGGUCAAGCCGACUAUGCCCGACCACUAUAUGAAUAUCAAGAACUCUGCGAUGUCGGGCCAUGUGUUGGCCACUUCCCAAGGGGGGGGCUCUCAUUGCAUGGGCAAUGGCAUCGAGCGAGUGAACAAAACCAUUCCCGAAGUUUAUUUAACCCGCCUGCUGGCAACCAAAGGCACUAUUCAGAAGUUUGUCGAUGAUUUCUUCUCCAUAAUCCUGACGGUGAACGAGGAAUUGCCCCCAGCAGUUAAAUGGCUAUUUGAUCUGCUCGACGAGGCUGCUCGGCGUUAUGAUAUAGCCGAUUCGGAUAUAUUGCACGCCUGGAAAUCGAAUAGUUUACCCCUGCGCUUCUGGGUCAACUUCAUCAAGAAUCCAGAUUUUAUAUUCGAUGUGAACAAGACGUAUUCAGUGGAUUCUUGUCUCAGUGUCAUUGCCCAGACUUUUAUGGAUGCCUGCUCGACGACGGAGCAUCGUCUGGGCAAGGAUUCGCCCUCGAAUAAGCUGCUAUUUGCUAAGGAUAUUCCUAAUUAUCGUACAAUGGUCAAGGAAUUUUAUAGGGACGUCGCCCGUCUACCCCAAAUCAGUGACCAGGAAAUGAGCACCGCCAUGCAACAGUUGUCCGUUCAACAAAUCGAUGAAUUCGACACAAUCUCAGCACUCAAGGAACUCUACAUUUAUAUAACCAAGUAUAAGGAGCAGAUAAUGGACGCCCUCGAUGCGGAUCCGAAUUGCAAAAAGAUGCAUUUGUCGAGCAAGUUAGAGAGUGUGGCAUGCACCCUCGAUGGAGAGGAUACCUCAAACUGCUGACGACAAGAAUCAACUGCUCCAAAUGUGAUUCAACAUAACACAACCGAUAAACUGACCACCAUCAACUCGAACUCCAAUUCCAACUUAAAUUCACUUCAGAGUUACUCUAAAUUGAAUGCAUUCACACAUCAAACUAUGCUAUUGAGUGCCAAUUCGAGAUUGAAACCAUCACGCAGUUAAUUUAAUACAAAUCCCAUUUUAAAUUCCAAUUUAGAGUUCAGCUUCAGUAUUGCAGCAGUAUUUAAAAAUGAUUUCGUUUAUUUAGUAUUUAAUAAUGCACUCUGAAUGUGACUUAAAAAAGGAAUAUUCAAAAAAGUAACCAAUUAAAAUCAACAUACUUAUUCCGAUACGCCAGCGUUUAGUAAUCAUAUUGGUUAUUUUAAUUACGCUAAACAAAAAAAACA